AUGUCGAGCAGUGGGCCUCGCGAUGAACAUCAUCAAGCAGGCUCCAAAGCCCUUGAGGUUGCUCCAUCCCAGCUGGGCGCGGAAGCGGGCCUGGGCCUCUUCGUGCAGCAGGCCGUGGAACCGGGUGAAGUCCUUUGCGAAUACCGCGGGAGGACCUUCGCUACAGCCGAGGCCAUGCGCCUGGAAGACAAGUCCUACCUCAUGCGGGUGGGGCCGCAGGAGUACAUCGAUGCGCGUGAAGACACAUCCCUGGUUGCCCGGUACAUCAACGACUGUCGCAAUCCCGCUGUCUACAAUGUAAGCUUCGAAAAGCGACCUGGAGAGGGGCGAGCUUUGGUGGUAGCCUGCCGGCCGAUCUCUGCUGGAGAGGAGCUCUUCGUCGACUACGGCCGCUGGUAUUGGGCAAAGCUAAGGCCGGUAAGGAUCGGUGUAAAGCAAGCUGCGGAGAUUCUGAAAGCCGCGGAGUGCGAAGCCGAGCGCCAGCUGCGUGGGACGCAGCCCGAGAGCUGA